AUGGGUUACCAAUCUCACUAUCCGCCGCCGGGAUAUCCAUCAGGACCACCGCCUCCAGGAUAUAGUACUCCACCGCACCACCACCACGAGCACGAGGGAUAUCCUCAACACCAACAUCAGCCACACGGAUAUCCACCACCACCGCCACAACCGUUUUCGCGUCCUCCUUACGAAGGCGGCUAUCAGGAGUACUUCGCCGGAGGCUAUCCUCCUCCUCCUCCGCCGCAGGACUACAACCAGUGCCAUCAUGAUCAUCACUACUACCAGGACUCAAACUCUGGCCGCACCUCUUUUCUCCGAGGCUGGUUCGUCCCUCGAUCCCCUUCUCGCCGCUCUCUGUUGCUGCUGUGUGUUAGAGGAAUGUUGCUUCUAAGUCUGGAGCGUUAA